CAACCCUCGAUUUAUGGGUUUGUUUACGGUUUUGAGUUUAAAAAAGUGUUUAACCGUUUAUUUAAACGUCAUUUUUAAAACUUUUUUUCUAAACUGUAAAAGAAAUACUCUGAAUUAUUGUAUUUUAAUUAUAUCAUGGUUAUCACUUCUUAUUUCUCGCUUGAAGCUGAGGAUCAACGAAUUAGAAAUUUAAUUGGGGCAAGAAAAAGGUAUUCUGAAUUUUCUAAAGAUCAAAGUAAAAAUGGGUCUAGAGAAGCAUCGAAGUUAAAAGCUAAAAUUCACGAUAACCGAAAAGAGAUUUCAAAGAUCAAAAGUGAAUUGGAACAAUGCCGGACAGAAUUCAAUAGAAUAGUUAAAACCAUUGGUCGAGCCCAUGCUGAAGCUAUUCUACGCGAAGAUGAAGAAGACAUUGUUGAUGAAUUGAUUAAACAACGAGACAAAAGAGUCAAGUCCAGAGCAGAAUUAGUAUUAUUAGAAGAAAUCCAUCGUUUAAAGUUAUUGGAUCUCAAAAAGCAAUUGGAAAAGGAGAAAUUGCUUAAACGACGUCGAGAAAUUUUUAGCAUGCGAAGUCCAAAACCAAAAGUUAAAGUCAACAAAGAAUAUCAAGAAAAGCUGAAUGAAUGGAAAUUAUUGGAAAAUGUUUUACAAAAUGAGAUCAAUCAACUUAAAAAGGACAAAGAAUUAUCUCGCACGAAGAGUCUGGAACCAAGCACUGAUAAAGAUAUGAAACAAGUGAAGUUUCGUACAAAAGUUACUAAAGUGAAUACUCAUGCCAAGAAAAAAGUUGCAAAAAAUGUUGAAGUGCAAACUGAAGCUAACCAUGUUGAAUCUGCAACUCAAUCCGAGACUCGGAGUGAUCAACCUCUAGAGGAAACUUAUAAACUAUCGAAACCAAAACUCAAUCAACCAGCUUCAUCACCAAACGUGCCUACACCUUUCAAACAAGUGAAUAUGAGGCUUGAAAAUUUGCUUACUUUGCGUGUUGCGGAAAAAAUAAGCAAGUUAAUGACAGAAGAACCUACUGAGAUGGUGAAAAACACCAAAGACAUAGGAAUAAAUACUUCAAAAGUUGAACCGGUACAUGACAUGAGUGAAACACUUUACUUGCCGUUGCCUUCUGAUAAAAGAUCUGAAUCCAAACAAAAAACCCACAAAGAGACAAUCAAAGAAUCUGUUGAUCGUGAUAUAAAUAAAUCUUCAACUGAUGUUUCUUCAUCUCUUGUCGAUCUAAAUUUAGAAGAACUAGUAACAAAAAUACAGCACAUCAAACACCUAGUGAAUUAUAAACAUAAAGAAUUGUCAACUAAAGUCAAUAAUAUCUCUUUUGGAGAUAAAAAACUUCUGAAUUCUAAUAAUUUAACAUAUGUUUGUGGUAAAGUAACUCAUGACCAAUCUGUUAUUGACGAACAAGAACUUGAGCCAAAAGACCAUGAAACUGUUUCAUUAGUUUUAACAGACGCAUCUUCCUCAACACCUUUAUCCUUGUCUCAACAAUCUUUGCCAUCUCUUUCAUCUUCAAAAUGUUCAACACCAAAUUCAUCCAAUCGAACCUUUACCCAGCAUAAUCCACAAAUUACCAAGCACCAGUUGUCUAUCUCUUCCGAUGAUUUAAGUCUAUCUAUGGAAGAAGGUAGAUGCAAUGAUUCACUUUCAUCAGUAUCUCGGAAUCAAUCAAUUAGCAAUUCCUUUGAUUUCUCAAGUUUUACUAAUCUACUGACAACUGAUAAAUAUUGGUCCAGUCUAAUAGACUUAACCGGGAUUAAAAGAUCCAACACAUCAACUAAAACUCAUCAACGGCCUUUUAGAUACAUCCAAUCAACUCCCAAAGCUAAAAAUUACCGCGAAAGUAUUAUCUGAGUAAUAAUUUCUCAAAUAGACUAUUAUUAUGCUGAAUAAUUAUUUUUUUACGAUACUUUAUGUUUAAUUUAAAAGACUCACUUCUUCGUAACAAAACUUGUGAACAAAUAAAAUUUGAUAUUUUCAAAUUAUUUUUUAGAAUCAAUUAUUGCAAACUAUAGCUUGCAGAAUAUGAAAUAAAUUGGAAAAGAGUUUGGUUAAUAUAAUUAGUACAAUUGUUUGAUUUAUUAAUUGUCGGAAUAUUAAUGAAUAUAUAUUCUUAUAUGAAAAUAAAAGCUGAGGUUCCACAUAAGAGAGGGUCAUUAACAUCGUCACCAUAAAUGUUUAGUCUUUCGCUAAGGAUUUGGUUAACACUUGUUAGUAUUUUUUUUUGUUUUACAGCAUGUUUUACAGGUUUACACGUUAGGAUAACAUAACGUCGGAUAAGCUCACAUUUAAACUAAUACCAUGUAAAUAAAAUUCAGUUGAUUAUUAGUGGGGAUGAGCAAUACAUUAUUUGAUUAAAGUCACCAUCAAUAGUCAGUAGUUUUGGCGAGAAGCAUCGAUCAACAAUAAUCAAGUCUUUGUCUCUUUCGUUACCAUAAAAUUAAGUUCAGUUUAUUAAUCUUUGUCUUUUUUUUGUUGGAUUUGCUCUUCUCGGGUUUAGUGCUUGUAAAAGAUGAGAAUGAGUUGUAAAUAGUGAAGCUUUAGAUUGAUUAAGAUUAAAUGCGUCUUGAGGCGGUGUUUUGAGAUUGUUAGUAAGAAAAAAAUACGAAAUAAAAAGUUUUAUGUGG